GUGAGAACACAUUGAAUAUCAGCAGUAGAGAUGCUAUCACUGAUUUGAGUUUCGGACCACUUCCCAUGACCAGAGUGGCAUCCCGAGCGUAUCUCGCAUACAUCAUGCUUCUGUAGACCCCUUACAGUAAGAGAGCUAUCAUAUUUCUCUCCCGCGGCUUCGGACCAUUACCCUCCCGCGUGUUAGCGAGCGCUCCGAUCUUAAGGUAUACACAUCAAAGAGUUUGCUAUGCGUUCCAGAUACCAGACCUGGGCACUUCCAUAUGCCGACGUCGCAUUCUAGCGACGUAGCAAACUUAACAGCAGCAUGAUAUAGAGGUGGGAGUAUCCCCGUGCAGAAAAUCGUCGUCGAAUCCUACCUGCUCCUCCGUACAAACUUCGAAAAGCAUCGUGAGUUUGCGAAGAACAUCCCGUCGGACUUGCUUGCUUGCUUGCUUGCUGCGUCAUGAAUUCUCAAAUACUCGUGUUUGUCCAUGCCCAUGUUCUUCUUCCUUGCAUAACGCCUUCGUCGACUGGCUCUCGAUAUGGCUGCACCGGUGACGCUACCGGAAGCGUGAGGAUUCCAUCCGCGACCAAUAACACCAUGUGGCGCAAAAUUUGGGUCCAGGGAUCGAAGAGUUCAAUCUACGGCAAGUUGACUCGGGGGGGGAAGUCGUCACUUCUUGAAGUCUGGAUACGAACGGGUACCAGAUCUCCUCCCGUCGACCGGGCUAACCUAGUGCCAGAUGCGAUGACUUCAGCAGUAAGAAUCGACGCAAGCAAACGCGAUUCUCCCUUUAUACUCGAAGCGUCUUCUUACAUACGAACAGCAAUCCUGUCGAGGGAGGAAGAUCAGAACCAGCAUCGGCACCGGUACGAGCUCCUUCGCAGCAGCCGUGAAGUCUCGGGAUCUACCUGGACCUGCCGCGAUCCAAUAACUAACUGCUGGAGCAUCUGAAAGCAAAGUCGAGAUCCAACACUUGGCCGCAAGAAGCAAGACCACCACCAACACAACGGCCUCUGCUGCACUGAACAAAAGCAAAUCCGUUUUUGACGAAAGAAGAAUAUGUUGCACAUGGAGGCGCAAGAGGCGCCCUGACUCUCAAAUACCGAGACUCAAUCGUCAAAUCCCGUGGGUGCCGCCUCAAAAGACGAGACGAGUGUCUUGACGCCCAACAAACGUCUGAGCGUUUCCAACAUCUUUCUGGUACUGUAGAGACAUUGACUUUAAGCUUUUUGCUA